GUUUACCCGAAAAUACGUGCACGGUCAAGAAGGGGCGGGAUAGCUGCUAAGAACCGACCCCUAUAACUGUACGUCACGCUUAAACCCCUGUGGGUUAGUCGUGCGAGCGAAUUUUUCACAAGACAUUGUGUAGAAGCGGAUGAGAACUGAACUAUUGUAUCUUGUCUGUACGUUUCUGAACGGGAUGCAUCCAGACAGUUACGUUAAUCGGAACGGAAUGUUUUAAAGCUACCGCAAUUCAUGAAUCUUCCCCGAAAAUACAAUUAAUUGAAGUGUCACUGAACAUAAAGAGAAAAGCUAGAAGCCAGGAGCCAAGAGAGUUGCCGAGAGACACUGGUAAACAAAAGGACAGAGACUUUGGUUCCAUCUGAACCAAGAGGACAGAGACAUUGUUUUCAUCUGAACCAAGAGGACACAUACAUUGGUUCCAUCUGAACCAAGAAGACAGGGACAUUGGUGCCAUCUGAACACAAAUUAGAGUGACAUUGGUGAAAUCUGAAUAGAGAUUCUGAAUUGAGACCCAGUUAGUUUGGGAAGAAGUGAAAGGACACACCCAUGGCUGCCAUGGACCUGCAAUGCCGGCUAGACCACGGCGAGGGGAGGUGGGGUCAGGACGAAGCUAAGCUGCUGGAGCGCUUUGAUGCAGAGAGAAAGGAGUGGGAGAGCCAGCUUAGGGACAUGCAGAAGAACAUUGAGGAGCUGUAUAACGAGGUGAAGGCUCGUCGAGAAGGAAACACUACUGGGCUGGACAGCAAGACUCAGGAUAGCUUUCCUCCAAACUUUGAGAAAAAUGUUCAACCUGCUCCUUCCAAUCAUCCAUGCAAUGGAUACUUUCACCCUCCCAAUCACCAUAGCAAUGGCAUCAAUAACCCCAUGGAUCACCAUGGCAAUCCAUUUAACACUGCCCUGCCAGAUCACCACAGCAAUGGUGGCUAUGAUCCUGUCGGUUGCCAGAGCAAUGGUUAUAGCUAUCAUAAUCACCAUAGCAAUGGUGGCAGUCACCCCGCAGACCACUAUAGCAAUGGCAGGAGGGACUCCGCUGAAGUGGAGCUGGAGGAUAUCCUGAACAGCUGUUUGGGUCCGGGGCUGAAGCACGUCCCCUCCUCCUGUGGACAGACUGCUUCCCUCAGAGCCACCGACGGAUGCCAGGGCGUGGAGCACAGCCAGCCACGCCCCGCGUGCGACGGCGAUGAGAGACAGAAGUGCACUGGCGUCGUCAACUCUGCUCUGAAAGAUAUCGCCAGAGUGAGCGAGGAUCUUUGCAGCUAUCAGAAUGCAAUCAGGAAAAAAUCAAGUGACACAAGGAGCGAAGCGGAUUCUCCGUGGUUUGAGGAAGUGGAGAAUGUGAAGAACAAACAGCCUGAUUGGAUGAGCCAGCGGGGUGACAACUCCUGGGAAACGGCAAGCAGGGGCUCAAAUAAGGCAGACGGGGUCAAACCCUCCUCAGGGAAGCCAGAGGCCCCUCCCAUUCCUCCUCGCACUACUUCCUCGUACAUGAACAGUUCAAAUUCUCCAGAGCCACAAUUUCCCGUUCGUGAAUCCUUCACCAACAGAAAGUGUCACAGCCCCUGUGUCCUCACAGACAGGAAGUGUACCAGCCCCUCUGUGCUGAGAAAGUUUGAAGCCAUGCUACAGGAGAAUGAGGGAAAGACUCUGACAGACUCUGGGGUCGUUACAAAUAUAGUGCCUGCAGAAUCUAAGUGCAAUACUGGCUCCUUCCACUGCAGAGUCGGAAACACUAAGUCAUCCGCUUUCGUGCCUGUCCAAAAAUGGCAUCCUGAGGCCAGUACAUUGCCAGCAGAGAUAGACUGUAGAGCAGACUGUAGGCCAGCUGACAGCCAAAAGUUCCCCAGGGGCCAUUUUCAGCCAAUGGACAGAGAGCCUGUGGGGAAGAGUAUGCCCACGGACUUCAGGAGCUCACCUAAAGGCCCAUGGAGAAGCCCAGCUAUGGCAAAGAAAGGGGUGGGGCAAGGGUUUGAGGGGGAGAAUGUCUCUGAGAUGGGUGUCAGACCCAGGGGUGUUAACUCAUAUUCUCCAGUCCAGUCUGUGGAUAACAACGUGGGUUCAACCUGGGAAUCCAGGUUUCAGGCUGUGAAUGAAAAACCUUUCAGGCCCACGGCUCCUGCUUCUCAGGCUCAGUCCCCAGACUUCUGGUACAGCUGCAGAGGGGAGGAGCCAAACCUAAGGGGAUAUGAGUGUUCUGACAGGUUCCAGCAGGGUCAGAAAUUGGCUUUGAAUGGCUCAGGACAGCAUGAAGACCUCAUCGAGCUUCUGGGCAUGCUGGGGAUAGAGCACCAAUAUGACACUGCCAAGACACACCCACAGACGCCCUGUCAACAGGAAUCACCACAGGAGAACCAAAAGUCGUCUGUCUCUGUGAAGAAGGCCUUUUCUCGACCCGCCCGUCCUGCAAACCGACGCCCUCCAUCCCGAUGGGCCAACCGAGUGCCCUCUGCCCCUGUCACUCAUGUGACCCCAUUUCCGGACCCGCCCCACAAACAGACUCUCAGCCCCUACUCAUACCAAAUUGAGACAGUUAUCAUGUGAGAGGGCUUUUAAUCUCCAAGCCCCUGAUUUCCCUUGUGUAAAUUUGAAAGACUGUUUUUAAUUUGUAUAUAUCUUUCCUAGCUUUGAAGUGGUUUAACUGUGCUUAAACUGUGUCUGGACACAGCACAUUUUAAGAAUGCAUUACAUUCAAGAAGAUUUUCACACCUCAACACUGAGUCUCCAGUGUUUCAGUGGCCUAAUGAUCUCAUUUACUAAAUCCAAUCUUUACAUUCUACCUGAUUUUUUUUUUUCCUGACUGCUGUGUUCUACAAGUUUCAUGGUUCUGAGCAUGGCUCCAGAGUGGUGGGUGCAUGUGUUUGUGAAUUAAUAUUUCGGAUGUACAGUAUAGGUCAUUGUAAUUAACAAAGGGUUGUUCAGUUAUAAUUAGCAGCAGUAUUAAAUGUGGUGAAUAUCGGGUGCUCUUAAACCUCUUUAAACUAAACGGUGAUUUUAAACAUUAUGUAAUUAUGUAAAGGAAAGUGUGUUUUUUUUUCUUUUCUGAUAAUAAAGACAACAGUGAGUUUA